GAAAGAGGCUUCUUUGUGCACCGAGCCUUUAAAUUGUGAGCAGCCAGGUGCUUACUACUUCCAUUUUCUCGGAUCCUUUUGCUCAAGGAUCUCGCCAUGAAGAGCAUUGCCCUUCUUUUCCUAGUAGUGAUCUGCGGCGUGGCAGGAUGGGGACAGAAACUGAAGCCAAAGAAGAGAAGCAAUGGUGAAGAAAUCAAUUUUCGGACUAAAACCAAAGACGUCUGCACCAUGAGCAUGAGUGGGGAUGAGGAGAUGAAACUAAGAAUCGACUGCAAAAGCCAAGGCAAGUCCUACUGGUGUGAAUACACCGGCAAGCCGUCGGUCUGCCGUCCUUUCCGAAACAAUCCCAAACUCUACUGGAAUCAGAUUGCCGUGGAACUUAGAAAGCUCCCUCAUGCUUGCGAAUCCACACAAGUGUUGAAGGCCACCAUGUGCCAAAAGGCUCCUGCAGAUGCUCUCAUGAAGCAAAUAGCUGCUGGUAUGGAGCCGGAAGACCUAGCAAAUCAGGACAAGUCAGUCCAGAAAACUUCAGCCUCUGUGAGGGGAGCAGGGAAAAGCUCUGUUAAGAAAAUAGGGAAGCCUGCAAUACUACCUCUUAUAAAACCAACCCAACAUGGUCAAGGGUCUGAAAAUGAAACGGAAGCAAUGAAACUGGCACGGGAACAUUGCUGGGAAUCCCUGCAUGGUUUCUGCUCCUACGUUAUUGGCAUCUUUAGAGGUUAAGGAUUUGCUUCAGAGCAAAAAUUUUUCUGCUGAAGAAGGGUCCCUGCUGUAGUUUAAUAACUUAGACUUAAGAAUUUGAUGUAAAAAUGAGUAAUCUCUAUAAAUGUUGUAGCUGUUUUCUCCUUGCACCCCGAAAAUGGAGCUUUUUAACAUCCCUGAAAGCUGCAUGAAACUGGAGUGACCUGUACUUGAAAUACUACGAUAAGCUAACUCUUGCGUGUACUGCAUUUUUGUAACCAAGGUUCUCCUUGUGAUGAUCUUGAACAGGUUUUUGUGUGUGCUCAGCUGCUUUGCUUUGUCAGAUGUUAAAGCUGUACAUGAUGCUACAGUUAAGGCAAACAAUAAAAAUAAGAAUUUUGAAAAUGUGUUUGCUGUGCUUUCUUACAAU